UUUUCUUUUUCGAGUUUUUCUCUGCUCUGUUUUCCUAUUUGUCACCCUGUGAUUGUGGACAGCAACGUUCGUACUGAAGUCAAAGGGUGGCUUGGAUUCCGUCUUUAUUAAGACUUGCACACUGGUGUGUAGUUGAAUUGCAGUGAAAUUCGCAAUACUAAAACAUGGAGCGCUAUGAGAUUCUCAAAGAUAUUGGCUCUGGAAAUUUUGCUGUCGCCAAACUGGUUAGGGAAAACCGCACCAAUGAGCUUUUUGCUGUCAAGUUCAUUGAGAGAGGCCAGAAGAUUGAUGAGCAUGUUCAGAGGGAAAUCAUGAACCAUAGAUCAUUGAAGCAUCCCAAUAUUAUUAGAUUCAAGGAGGUCUUGUUGACACCAACUCAUCUAGCAAUAGUAAUGGAGUAUGCUUCUGGAGGAGAACUAUUUGAGAGGAUAUGCAAUGCUGGUAGAUUCAGUGAGGAUGAGGCAAGAUUUUUCUUUCAGCAACUGAUAUCUGGAGUCAGUUACUGUCAUUCAAUGCAAAUUUGUCAUAGAGAUCUGAAGCUUGAAAACACACUCUUGGAUGGAAGCACUGCUCCACGACUUAAAAUUUGUGACUUUGGUUACUCAAAGUCAUCAGUAUUGCAUUCUCAACCUAAGUCAACGGUAGGAACUCCAGCUUAUAUUGCACCUGAGGUUCUUACAAGGAAAGAAUAUGAUGGAAAGAUUGCAGAUGUAUGGUCUUGUGGAGUCACCUUAUAUGUGAUGUUAGUUGGGGCUUAUCCUUUUGAAGACCCUGCAGACCCAAGAAACUUCAAAAAAACCAUUGGUAAGAUACUCAGUGUCCAGUACUCAGUCCCAGAUUAUGUACGAGUUUCCAUGGAAUGUAGACAUCUUCUAUCACAAAUAUUUGUGGCAAGUCCUGAAAAGAGAAUAACAAUACCAGAAAUUAAAAACCAUCCAUGGUUUUUAAGGAACUUACCCAUAGAACUGAUGGAAACUGGAAGCUGGCAAAUAAAUGAUGUAAAUAAUCCAUCACAAAGUGUUGAGGAAGUGCUGUCUAUAGUACAAGAGGCUAGAAAAUCUCUUAAUGUUCCAAUUGUUGGUGGCCUUCUUAAUGGGGGCACCAUGGACCUUGAUGACUUGGAGGCUGAUGAAGAAGAUCUUGAGGAUGUAGAAACAAGUGGAGAAUUUGUGUGCCCUCUUUGAGUGUGUGUACAUGAACAAGCUAAGCUAUUGUUUGAUGUGAAAAUGUGAAUAGAUUUUUCUGUUAGGGCUGAAAUUCCUUAGUUUUUAAAUUAAGGGUUUUUUUUUCUUCUUAUUUUCAUUUUUCCCUCUGAAAUCCAUGUGCCGUUUUCUAGAGAUGUAAAAUCACAUGUUCCAAAAUAUUAGGAUAUUAAAUAAAGCAAGUUGUGGCAGGUUCCUCUAUUGCAUCAUGGGAAACUGAAUAAUGGGAUAUAAGUAAGCUUUUGUUAAUGGAUUUUAUUUUAUAUUGUAGACUGGGAAUUCAGCAUAGGAUAAGACGUCUUUUGAAGUUCUACAAACCUAUCUUAAACCUUUGUACUGUAUGGAAUCAAUCAAUAUUGCCGACACUUCUUUUUCUAUGUUAUGCUGCCAAAAAAACAUUUGUCCCUUGUGGAAUCAGUCAAGAAAGUCGACAAUUUUCAACAGUAUGAUAA